AUGGACAAUACGAGGAUGAACUCCUUCUUAGAGUAUGCAAUUUGUAACCGUGGGACGGGCGCCUACCACCCUUUAGAGCAGAGCUCCCCUUCCUUCCCCUCCUGCUCAGGUAGCCCCGGCAGUGACACUUUUCACGGAGAAGGUCGCUUUGGGGUUGGGGGGAGCGCGGUUGCAGCCGCCCAUCUUCCCCAGCAAAACCCCAGUUACCCCCCCCCAUCCUCCGGUCGUUCCGGUCCCUUCGCGGGUGCUGCCCCGGCCGCUGGGUACCCAACCCAAAGCUGCGGCCCCAGCUACGGGCACCACCAGCUCUACCUCAGUCAGCAGGACGCGGACGGGGUGUACUUCCAGACGGCUGGAUACUCCCCCAACGCGGGAUCCAACCUCGGCUCCUUAGCUGAGAGCUACUGCGGGGUGGUGGCAACCCCCGGGCCGUACCAGCAACAGCACCACCUUUACGGACAGGAGCAACCUAGCUACUUGUCCGGCGUUUACAGCAGCGUCUCCCCUUCUUUAAAUGAGGACAAAGACCCUGCGUGCCCUUCUGAGCCCUGCCCCAACGCCACGCAGACCUUCGACUGGAUGAAAGUGAAGAGGAACCCACCCAAGACAGCUAAAGUGUCGGAGUACGGGCUGCUGGGCCAGCCCAACACCAUCCGCACCAACUUCACCACCAAGCAGCUGACGGAGCUGGAGAAGGAAUUUCACUUUAACAAGUAUCUCACCCGGGCCCGGAGGGUGGAAAUUGCUGCUACCUUGGAGCUCAACGAAACCCAGGUCAAGAUCUGGUUCCAGAACAGGAGGAUGAAGCAGAAGAAGAGAGAAAAAGAAGGUCUCGCUCCGCCUGCUGCGUCCAGGUCUGCAAAGGACACCAGUGAAGCCUCGGAUCAGUCCAACUGCACCUCACCUGAGGCCUCCCCGAGCUCCGUGUCAUCCUGA